CAACACAGAUCUUACAACCAUCUCUCCCAUCACCCAUCAUUUAAAAAAUGCUUCGUGGAGUUGCGUUCAUCACUGGAGCCGCGUCAGGCAUUGGAAAAGCCACUGCUUAUUCCCUAGCCCGACACGGCGUGCGUCAACUCGCAAUCGCCGAUAUUAACUUCCCCGCGGCACAGGAAACCGCCCACGACCUCCAGACCCAAUUCAGCGACGUCCAAGCACUCCCACUGAACCUGGACGUGACCGACCCAGCCUCCAUCCAGAAUGCUAUUACGGAGACUGUUGCCCAGUUCGGACGCAUUGACUAUGCAGUCAACAGCGCAGGCAUAGUAGGCUCUACAGCGUACUCGAGUGAGCACGAUAUCGCAUCAUGGCAAAAGACAUUGGACGUGAACCUGAACGGGGUAUGGAUGACCAGUCGCGAGGAGAUCACAGUUAUGUUGACGCAGGAGAAGUUGGAUGAAAGGUUUGGUUCCUGCUCAUAGCCUGAGUGGUAUAUGUCAGUGCUUAUUUAUAUACACGCGCUUACAGUCCCCGCUCAUCACGAGGCGUCAUCGUCAACGUGGCAUCUACUUAUGGUC